AUAAGCGUUCCUCAUCAGAUAAAUAAAAAAAACUGCACGCGAGUAAUACCAGACGUCUUAAAAUAGUCCAAAUCAAAAAUGGAAGGAGAAGGAAUGAUGCAUGUAUUUUCAGGGAUGACCAGCAUUGAUGGAAACAUUUUCCAAACUUUUCUAACGGAGAGACCUUCAUGCAUGUAUUCUUCGUCACCAGAAUCUUCACCUGAAUAUUUCCAUCAACCAAAAUAUUCCAAAGAUGUAUUAUGCAAACGUAGACUGGAUUUUAAUCACAAUAACGAGAACUAUUUGGGACUCAACCAGAAGCCAACUACUGGAGGAGUAGCGAGACGUAACGAGAGGGAAAGAAAUCGCGUUAAGUUAAUUAAUAUGACCUUCUCAACUUUGCGAGACCAUAUUCCAAGUGACUGUAAAAUAGGCAAAUCUAAAAAGAUGAGUAAGGUUGAUACUCUGAAAGCUGCCAUAGACUAUAUUAGACAUUUACAAGAUUUAGUAGACGAACAUGAUGCUGUAAGUGCAGUGCUGGAUAAGAAUUAUGUUCCCAAACAGUGUACCGUUCCCAUCUCACCGUCCGUACACUCACCGUCACCAAGUUCCUGUUCUGAGGCUCAAGAACUUAGUAAUGAAGACGAAGAAUUGUUAGAUUUCACCACCUGGUUCUGAUGUAAUGGACAAUGCAGGAGUUUGCUUCCAGACUCGUGCCAUCUGUCAGAUAAAAAUCACGCCCACAUUGGCAUCGACCACAGGCAGCGGAGUGCCUCAACCAAUCGAAUCGUAC